GGGAAGUGAUAUUCAAAUCGUUCUUUGUCAAAUUAAACAAUAAUCAAAUCACAUUAAUUUGUAACCUGCGAACGCAGACGUAUUUCCGGCCGUCGCGUGUCUCCGCCAAAAAUAAGGUCUGCGGACCCGAGCCAGGAAACGAUUUCUGUGACGUAGGAAUUUUAAGCCAAUCACAGUUUAGCUCAAGUGGCCCCAGAACUGCUGCUCGAGGUAUUCGCUACGAGGAGCACUCGAGUUUCAUUCUAUCAUUGAAUCUGAUUGGCGCAAGAGAAACAAAAGUCAUUACGUCACAGAAAUCGUUUCUUGGCUCGGGCUCGCAGACGCUAUUUUCGGCGGAGACAAGCGACUGCCGGAAAUACGUCUGUGUUCGCAGGCUAAUAAAUUUGGUAUUCUUCAGGAUUCUGUGAUCUCGGACAAUGCCCCAAGCUAUCUGGAACAACUCUCGCUUGCAGUUUUGGAAUCGUUGGGCAUGUUCAAACGUGAAAGGGAUGCAAAAAAAUGUUUGGAAGCUGACAUGUGGUGUCAUUUCGGAAGAGCCAUAAUCCGAGGACCCAAUGAAGACGAAGCUGCUGAGGGAGUGUGGAGUAUCGACGACGCAACCGGAAAGUUCCGAUCAUCAGCAGAAGGAAAUUAUUGGAAAGUUGCACUUAAUGAAGGAGUGGAUUUCAUGGAAGAUAUCUUCAAAAGAAAUUAUCGCAAAAAAAUGCCCGAGGAAUAUACCGAAUAUGACACUAGAUAUGACUUAACAUUUCUAACUCCAGGUUGUUAUCAAAUACGGUGCAAGGUGUGGGUAGCAAAGGAGGAUACCAGGAAAAAGUUGGAGGACAUUCCAAUCCCGUCUAGUGACGUCAGAAACAUCCUGGAUGAGAUCUACUUUGAAGAUGAAUCAACCCGUUCAAGAUGUCGAGGAUGGCUAAUUCUUGUGUCAAGAAGAUUUUUAAAGGCCGAUAUUUUAUUUCCCGGAUGCGAAUUUGAUUGCAGAUUUACCGUUCGAGGACAAACAGAACGUGCUGAAGCUUUUGACUAUGUACCUAAAGAAGAAGUAAGACGCGUUUUGUCACAAUAUCUUUCUGGAACGACUUUUGCCAAAGAUGAUGCUUUUGGACUACGCCUACCAAAGAACGAGAUACCCAAGGGAUUUCACUUAGUUCAUAAGCGGUCAUCCAAACGAACAGUAUACACUGCUAAGCCAGGAUUUAGCAUCAUUUUAUCAAAGGAAUGUUCAUGGCGAAGUGUCGUAGCAGAGGAAAAAUCCAGAGAAUCGACUGAUCUCCAUUUACAUUGUGAUGAAUGGGACCAGUCAUUCAGCAGCGGGCAAUGGGAACCAGAGAGCUCAGUCACGUGCAAUGGGCAAUACCGCAGACUCGUCGUAAAGGCUCAACUUUCUUUUCACGAUGUCGGAGUCGAUGCCGGAAGCUGUAACACAUCAUCGAGUGUGUACAAGAACGAGAGCCACAUAGGUCAUUGUGUUACUCUGUGUAGUGACAUUGAAACAAAUCCUCUUCAUAGUAUUGAUCCUACUCUAACAAUCAUUAGUACAAUUCUACUAGUAUACUAA